GUAUAAAGGGGCGCAGCGGGCUGGGCGUUCCACAGGCCGAGAGCGCUGAGCUCGAGGGGUGCCGGCUAGGCCCGACUGAGUGCAAGCGAACAGGCAGGCAAGCUCCAAGGGGGCGCGGCCCAAGCUGGACAGGACAAGCGAUCGAGACGCGGGAGCCUUCCACCACCAAUCAGCCAGCCUUCGACCAUGGGCAUGUCCGACGUGUACCUUCGCAGCCGAACAGCGAUGGAACGCUUGGCCUCCAGCGACACCUUCCCAGUGAUUGCGCGCAGUAGCGCCUGCCGCAGCCUCUUCGGGCCUGUGGACCACGAGGAGCUGGGCCGCGAGCUGAGGAUGCGCCUGGCAGAGCUGAACGCCGAGGACCAGAACCGCUGGGACUUCAACUUCCAGCAGGAUGUGCCUCUUCGAGGCCCUGGUCGUCUGCAGUGGAUGGAGGUGGACAGCGAGUCUGUGCCCGCCUUCUACCGCGAGACGGUGCAGGUGGGGCGCUGUCGCCUGGUGCUGGGGCCCCGGCCUCCCCCGGUUGCCGUGGCUGUCAUCCCGCGUUCUGGGCUGCCGGCUGGCGAGGCCCCCGACGGCCUAGAGGAGGCGCCUGAGCAGCCGCCCAGCGCUCCAACCUCAGCCAUGGUCGUGGAGCCCACCCCACCCCUGACCCCAGCCCCGGCUUCAGAUCCGACCUCAGACCCGAUUCCGGACGUGACCCCGGACGCGACCUCGGACCCGACUCCGGACCCGAUCCCGGACGCGAACCCGGACGUGGCGCCUCAGGACGGCGAGGAACAGGUCCCUGAGCAGGUCCCUGAGCAGGUCCCUAAGCAGGGCGAGGAGCCGGGUGCUGAGCCAGGCGCUGAGCCGGGCGCGGAGCCGGGCUAUGAGCAGGGCGCGGAGUCGGUGGAGGAGCAGGGAGCGGAGCCGGUCGAGGAGCAGGACGAGGAGCCGGUGGAGGAGCAGGGCGUGGAUCCAGACGAGGAGCAGGGCGAGAACCAGGAGCAGCGCGGCCAGGAGCUGAAGGAGCAGCCUCUCUCGGGGAUUCCAGGACGUCCCGCGGCUGGGACUGCUGCGGCCACUGCGAACGGUGCGAUCAAGAAGCUGUCGGGGCCUCUCAUCUCCGACUUCUUCGCCAAGCGCAAGAGAUCAGCGCAGGAGAACAAGGCGUCGAACGAUGUCCCUGUGGGGUGUCCCUCUCCUAACGUGGCUCCUGGGGUGGGCGCGGUGGAGCAGACCCCGCGCAAACGUCUGCGAUGAGUUAGUUUAGCGCCUAACGGCCAGAGAGAACUUGCUGGGCACCUGGGCAGCGGUCGAUGGAAGAACUCUGGGCUUCGUCUGGGACCUUUCGUUCAUGUAGCAGGAACCAGAGAUGGCUGCGCAAAGCAGCCCACGGUUUUGUGGAAAUCUGAAAACUGUGCAAUCAAUGUAUUGAGAACACUCUGUACCAAGUGCAAGGAGUACGCUGGUCCCAAGGUGUAAAGCUUUAAAUCAUUUAUGUAAAAUGUUUAAUCUCUACUCACUCUCAGUGCAAAAAAAUGAAAAAAAAGAAAAAAGAAAAAAAAAAAGAGAGACUAGAAAACGUAGAACGAGGGGAAAAGAUGAGUAAAAGGAAAAAAACGUGUAUAUUUGUACAAAAAGUAAAAAAAAUAUGAUAACUUAAUAUUUGUAUUUAUCCAUGCGUGGAUCUCUGCCACGCAACUGCUGGGUUAUUGAUGAUUACCAAAGGCACUAGAAAUCACCAGCUUCAGAUUACCCACAAAUGUAAAUCUACUUUUAUAUUAGACUCUAGGGAACGGUUGUUGCUUCAAAGCCCCCAUACAUUCAUCUCCAGUUAGCUUACAGUGCCGUCCCCCCAGCCCCGCUUUAUUAGAUUGCUCUUAAACUUGGUGACCAGACUGUCAAAAUGGUUCCUGUGCUGCCCAUACCAACUGCCCAGGGCUCCUCGUCCGCCAGGUUCUAAAUAAAGAGGCCCAACAAAAGUUACGCUUUCUAGUCUGCUUGUUCUUUUACAC